UGUUCUGUGUGUGAUUGGAGUACAAGAGCCAUCAAUCUUUAGUGUUACACCACACAAUCCAAGAAAGGCAGGCAGUGGAAGCAGGGACCAGAACAAGAACCAGAACAAGAACCAGAACAAGAACAAGAUGUGCGAUUUCACAGAAGACCAGAUCGCUGAAUUCAAAGAGGCUUUCUGCCUCUAUGACCGGAUUGGUGAAGGUAGAAUUGGUUUUGGCCAAUUUGCGGAUCUGUUGCGUGCCCUUGGUCAGAAUCCAUGCAAUGCUGAAGUCUUGAAAGUCCUUGGGAAUCCAAAGCCCGAAGAUAUGAAUAUGAAAACUCUGGAUUUUGAGCAGUUUCUUCCAAAACUUCAAGACAUUGCAAGAAACAAGGAGCCGGGAACGUUUGAGGAUUUUGUCGAGGGUCUGCGAGUCUUUGAUAAGGAAGGAAAUGGCACGGUGAUGGGCGCUGAACUGCGCCACGUACUGGUCACUCUCGGUGAGAAAAUGACUGAGGAGGAAGUGGAGACUCUGCUAGCAGGCCACGAGGAUGCAAAUGGUUGCAUCAACUACGAGGAAUUGGUCCGAAUGGUGAUGAGUGGUUGACCGAUCUCCUGGAGCUGAAUUUUAAGUGCCUUUUUCUACUUGACACACAAAUCUUUUUUCUAAAUGAAUUAUUUUCUUCUUUAUCAACAUGCAUAGAUGCGUACAAGAUAGAGAAUGGUAGUCUCGUGCAGUAAGGGGAGUGGGAGGAAAUCAUUCCUUUCUCUGCUGCAACCUUUUGGACCCCCUUGGUAAUAAGUGUCCCAUGCGGUUUGAUGUAAGUGGAUCUCCCCCUUUCCCCUUGUGUACAGUACACACGCACAGACACGCACACACUUGUAGAAAUACUGCGUGAUGUUGAGGGAUUUUUGGACGUCUGAUCUAAAAGCAAAAGUGGCUCCAAGCUCAUUAGAUAUUCCUCAGAUUGUAUCUGCACAUCUUUUUAAAUCUGAAAUUCUUCUGUUGUUUUUUUCUUAUGCUUUCAAGUAAUAAAAUCUAUACUGUUAACUCUG